UAGGUUGAUAGGUUGGUUCAAAGUUAAGUGGAUAGGAUAACACUGCGGAUUUAUUCUCCGUCGAGCUUCAAAGUUCUGAGCUAAGAGCUCUGCGAAAACAAUGGCGUCUUCUUCAGCCACGCUCUCUCUAUGCUCAGCUUUCGCUUCUCAUUGCAAUGUCAACAACUCACGCCGUUCGAGCACUAUCAUGUGUUCUCUCUCUAAACCCUCGCUAAAUUUGGCAAAACCUGUGUCUGGCUUUCUCGCUCCUUCCACUGCGUCGACGUCUCGAACCGCAUCCCCCGUCGCUCUUAAAUUCGCUGAAUCAGUCGUCGAAGCAGAACCUGAGACUACCGAUAUCGAAGCUGUGGUCGUUUCCGAUGUUUCGGAGGUUACUGAGGAUAAACCUAAACGAGAAGAGAUUUUCGCCGUUGUUAUGGUUGGUGGACGCCAAUACAUAGUGUUUCCAGGGAGAUAUCUUUACACUCAGAGGCUGAAAGAUGCAAAUGUCGAUGAUCAGAUUGUUCUUAAUAAAGUGUUGCUUGUUGGCACAAAGACACACACUUACAUCGGCAAACCAGUUGUGACCAAUGCCACUGUACAUGCCGUAGUGGAAAAUCAGGGUCUGGAUGAUAAGGUGGUUGUCUUCAAGUACAAGCCUAAGAAGAAGUACCGAAGAAAUAUUGGUCACCGGCAGCCAAAUACAAGGAUUAGAAUCACAGGGAUCACAGGGUAUGAAGGGUAUCCAGCGGCGCCCAAUGUUGCGGUUUAAUUCUGUUGUGAAAGUAUAGGAUCUGUCUGCUUCUUGAAUGUUAAAAGUUUUCUGAUCUUCUUCUCUAUGUAAUUUUGUAAGAACCAGAUUAUUUCAUUUCUGUUGAGAUCCCUUUAUGAUCAACGUGUACCGCUUUUUGCCAUUCUUAGAUCACAAAUUCUAAGUUAGUGUAACGAAA